CGUACUUGAGAGUUGUUAAUUUGUUAAAAUAGUGGGAGAGAUUUCAAAUUUCCAAAGCUCUCUUUAGUUGCAAGUUGUCAGUUUGAAACCCCGUUGGUUCGCAUGUACUCAAGAUGAUUGGCUACGUCCAAACUCUUGAGAAAUUGGGUUUCGAACUAAGGACUGCACUUGCAAUUGAUCUGAUUCUGCAAACAUUGCCAGAGUUGUACAAGCAGUUUGUGGUUAAUUACGAGAUGCAUGAACUCGAUAAACCACUAUCAGAACUUUUGAAGAUGCUGCAAACUGCUGAAGAGAGCUUGACGAAAGGAAAGGGGAAUUCUGUCCUUCUGGUUCAAGGAGGAAAAGGCAAGAAGAAGUUCAAGAAAGCAAAGAAGAAUGGACCUAAAGGCAAGGGCAACACCGAGCCAAAGUCCAAUUCUUCCAAGCUCGAGCCUAAAGGUGGAGUGGCUAAAGAUUCCAUUUGUCAUCACUGUGGUGAAGUUGGCCACUGGAAGAGGAAUAGUAAGCAGUAUUUGGCAACCAAGAAAAAGGGUGAAGCUUCUACUUCAGGCAACCAUAUUGGAUAUGUUGCUGGAUUGACCCGCUAUGAGAAUAAUAUAUGGGAGCAGGCCGAGCAACUGAAAAGCCGAACACUGGAAUCCGAACAAGAGCACCGAGCAGUCGAGCACUGCCGUCGCUCGGCCGCCGCGUCGCUGCCUGUCCGCCACAAGUACAAAUUUCAGCAAAAUGACCAAAAUGCAGUUCAACUUUGAAAAGAAGAUAUUGAAUUUGGGCCGAAGCCCAAACCCAUCAACAAAAAGAGACCAGCCCAGCACUCUCUCUCCUCAAUUCAAUCUCCCGCACGCAAGAAAGAAAAAAAGAUUGGCUUUCUCCUUCUUCGUCAACUCUAGAACGGAAGAUAACACCCAAGGCCAAGGACCAAUUCCUUCAACGCUCCAACGCUCUCCACAUUAAUCGCUAGAAUCAAUUGCCAACGGGAAGAAAUCAACGGAACAAUCCUUCGGCUAUAAAUUGAAGACAAAUCACAGCUGACAAGAGGAGAGGGCAUCGCACCAGGCCGCUGCAAUUGACGCCACCGGAGAAGGAAGCAGACGGAGGCCAACGACGGCUCGCCGACGUUCGACGAUGGUCGGCGGUGAUAGGUAGGUGAGAUGAUCAUGGAGCCUGACCGGCUGAUUGGGAGAUUGGAGCAGAGGAUAGGCGAUGGCCUUAACGCGAUUUGCUUUCCUUCAAUAUAUUAUAAACUGUUUU